ACGUGUUUUGACAGAUAGUGCUACAAGCAGUCAAAAAUGGCGUAGUUUACUUGUGCUUGUAAGGACGAUCGACGGUGAGCUGUCAAAAUCGGUGCUGCUCGAUCAAUUUCAAGUGCACGCUUUGGAAAAUGAGUUAACUUGAAUCUGUCAUCAUGUCACCGGAGCCCACGCAAGAACCUAUUCAGGAGAAUUUAACAGUUUCCAAUGUGGUCCUAGAUGCAAGAGCGACGAAUGAUGAAGAAGAUAGCGAAGACGAAGAUAUGGGUAUGGCGGGAUAUGUACCCUUAUCCCAAAUACCUACUGAUGCCGAUCCUAUAUUAGGCGAAGAAGAGAAUGACGAAUGGCUAUCUGAAUAUGGCGAAUCUAGCCAAGUGUUGUCUGUCCCAACAACUGAAAUCCAACAAAGUUAUUCUUCUGAGGUAUUAGAAGUCUGGUCCUGUCCACACAAUCGUUCUGACAUUGAAUUAGAUGCGACUAAAAUUAAAGAAGUAAAAUCCGUCAUGGCGUCCAUUACCAUUCCUGAAACUUCUAUUCCACAGUGGGCAAAUGCAAUCUCAGAAGAGCAAUGGAAGGAGCAGCUUCUUGUACGCAUUAAGCAGAUGCAGAACAAAAAUUUGUAGAGCUGAGAUUUUACAACAUAUUCACCAUGGUUGCAAUGAAGAAUUAAAAUAUUUACUGUCUACUUUGUAUAUGACGAGCAGUAUAUACAUUUAGAAUUAUUCAAAGUAUAAUUUAUAUUGUAACGUUAUAAAAAAAUCCAGAAACAUAAUCAAGAUGUUCUUUUGACAUCGUUGAGUUAUAUAUAUUUUAGCAUUUAAGUGUAAAAAAUAUUUAAUUUUUAUAUUAGUUCAGCUAAAAACUGUUUCGAAAAUUUUAGCAUCAUCUUGUUAAUGCAUAGGAUGUAUAAUUGUGGUACGAGAGGAAUAUAACGUAUUCGAACGAA